AUGGAGCAUGGCUCAGUUAUCUUCUUCUUCUUUGCUUGUGUCCUAACGUUUGUUCCAUUUCACGCCUUAGCUCAGGUAGAUACCUAUGAGUUUGAUCCAGAUUUCACCUGUGUAGAUCGAGGCAACUUCACUGUGAACAGCACUUUUGCCGGAAAUCUCAACCGCCUUGUCUCCUCUCUCUCUUCACUCACAUCGAAACCGUAUGGCUUCUACAACCUCUCUUCUGGAGACUCAUCUGGAGAAAGAGCUUAUGCAAUUGGUCUGUGUAGAAGAGAAGUCAAAAGAGAUGAUUGUCUCAGCUGUAUUCAGACAGCUGCAAGAAAUCUUACCGAGCAGUGUCCACGAGCAAAACAAGCUGUUGUGUGGUAUACACAGUGUAUGUUUCGUUACUCGAACAGGACAAUCUUUGGAAGAAAAGAGACGGACCCAACUCUCUCUUUUGUUGGUGGUGAAGGGAUAUCAGCAAACAGAGACGAGUUUGAGCGUGUGCGGAGAGGACUAUUGGAUAGGCUCAAAGGGAUUGCAGUGGCUGGUGGGCCGAAUAGGAAAUAUGCUCAAGGGAACAGUUCAGGUUCGGUGGGUUUCCGGAAAUUCUACGGAAGUGCGCAGUGUACGCCGGAUUUGUCUGAACAAGAUUGUGAUGACUGUCUAGUUUUUGGGUUUGAGAGUAUCCCAAGUUGUUGUGAUGGUGAGAUCGGUCUUAGGUGGUUUUGUCCUAGUUGUAGCUUCCGAUUUGAGACGUGGAGAUUCUAUGAGUUUGACGCUGACCUAGAGCCUGAUCCACCUGCAAUUCAACCUGCUGAUUCACCAAAUUCAGCUGCAAAAACUGAGGAAACAGGAAAGGGCAAAGUUGGAUCUAAGAUCGUUAUCGCGAUAGUCAUUCCGAUAGUUCUUGUAGCGUUAUUUGCAAUUUGUCUAUGCUUUGUCUUGAAGAGGAAGAAGAACAAGUCUGGGGUUAAAGCCAAAGUUCUUGGGAAUUUGCCUUUGUCGGGAUCAAUUGCCGAGGAUGAGUUCUCGAAUACAGAUUCGCUGUUAGUUGACUUCGAAAAUUUAAAGGCAGCAACAAAUAACUUUUCUCCUGAAAACGAACUUGGACGUGGUGGGUUUGGUUCAGUUUAUAAGGGUGUGUUCUCUCAUGGGCAAGAAAUCGCAGUGAAAAGAUUAUCGGGUAAUUCUGGACAAGGAGACAUCGAAUUCAAGAACGAAAUUUUACUACUUGCGAAGCUUCAACAUAGGAACUUGGUUAGGCUUAUUGGUUUCUGCAUACAAGGACAAGAAAGACUCCUUGUCUAUGAGUUCAUCAAGAACGCUAGUCUUGACCAUUUCAUCUUUGAUCUUGAGAAGCGUGAACUUUUGGAUUGGGGAGUGCGAUACAAGAUGAUCGGAGGAGUUGCUAGAGGACUGCUCUAUCUUCAUGAAGACUCUCGUUACCGGAUUAUUCACCGUGAUCUUAAAGCUAGCAACAUUCUUUUGGACCAAGAAAUGAAUCCGAAAAUCGCGGAUUUUGGAUUGGCUAAACUCUUUGACACAGGGCAAACCAUGACACAUCGAUUCACAAGCAGAAUUGCAGGAACUUACGGCUAUAUGGCUCCAGAAUACGCAAUGCACGGACAAUUCUCUGUGAAGACAGACGUAUUUAGCUUUGGUGUAUUAGUCAUUGAGAUCAUUACUGGUAAAAGAAACAACAAUGGUGGGUCAAAUCAUGAUGAAGAUGCAGAAGAUCUUCUUACUUGGGUAUGGAGAAGCUGGAGAGAAGAUAUUAUACUAAGCGUGAUCGAUCCGAGUUUAACGACUGGAUCAAGAAACGAGAUCUUGAGAUGCAUACACAUCGGUCUUUUAUGUGUUCAAGAGAGUGCAGCCACUAGGCCAACAAUGGCUACGGUUGCUCUUAUGCUAAGUAGCUAUUCGUUCACUCUCCCGACGCCUUCAAGGCCUGCGUUUGUGAUAGAGAGUGUGAUACCUUCGAAUAUUUCUUCUUCGACCGAAGGGUUACGAAUGUCUUCCAAUGAUGUUACUGUUUCUGAGUUAGCUCCUCGUUAG